AUGCCCUCCAACGGCAACGGCGCGGCUCACGAGUCACGACCCCGCAAGAAGGGUCGCCAUCGAGGGCGACGUGCCGAUCUUGAAGCAGCGGAAGGUCAGAUCGACUCGGACAGUUCUCAAAUCACCGAAAAGGCUGGCGACGAGUACGAAUACAAGCACCCCAAACCUCGCGUGCUCACGAGCUCUCUCUUCAUGUGGGAGCACGUCGCCGUUUUCAGCAUGCCGGCACAAGUGGCGGAGCUCGAGCGCCUCUGCCGCGAUGUGGCGCGGCUUCUCAAGGACUCCAACACCGGAACCCAUCCCAUGCAGCGCUACUGGAACGCACAGUGGAGCCGCCUGAUGUGGAGGGAGGAGGAGCUGCCGGAUGCAAAGAAGCACCUGACGCCGACGAUGUUGUCGCGCAGCGAAGGCAAGCGCAAGUGGAAGGACGUGUUUAUUCAGGAGUAUCCGCACUACCUGAAGCGCGUGUACCAGGGAAAGGGGGUGUGCAACAACGCCGUGAACGCAGCGAAAGUACUGUUCAAUCGCCAAGUGUUGAACGCUGCCAAGACGGCGGCUGAGCUGGAGCGGAUGGAGCUGACCGUGGAAGAGGCGCGCGUGAAAGAGCAGAAGAAGCGCGGCGUUAACGUGGAAUUCGAAGAGACGCCAGACACGGCGACCAGCCCAUCCUCGCCUGGUUGCCCUCACGGCAGUUACGCGGGAAAGGGAGAGCGUGAGAGGCAUGAGAAGGGCCGCCCACGGGCGGUGAAGAAGGAGCCACACGCGACCUACACCCGCAGCGACUAUAAGGAGGACUACAGAACGGGUGACCGCAAAGGUAAGCACAAGAAGGGUGGCACCGGACGUUGGUCGAAGUUCGACGACUUCGGCGACUACAACUACUGA